AUGCAUAUUCAAUUUCAGGACAUUUUAGAGAACUGGAACUCAGCUGCCCGGAGGUUGACCCCGGGCAGCUGCACUCAAUAUCAUUAUGGGUCUCUCUCAACCCCAGUCGUUUUCACAGGUAUUUUGGUCUUCUGCAAUCUCCGGAACACAAAGCUAUCUUCUUUGCAAGCUGAACUGGGACCUCUAUGUAUUUAUCUGUAUGGUGGCAUCCGUUUGAUACCUACCCAUGGCAAGAAGGAUGCUUAUUUAGCUCAGUUUAGAGAGGCAGAGGGCAUGAUCUUAGCGGUAGAGAACAUGCUGUGA